GAUUUUUUUGCACGAUAUGUGCCGUUAGAUUUGCAUACUCCGCCGCCGGGUCACCAGUUGUUAUUUUCUUUCUAUGUGUAGUUUGUUUUUCGAUUACAAUGUCCGACGAUGAACUGUGCAUUUCCAAGCAUGUUAAAUUUAGCGACAUAAGUGCAAUUUUGGAAAAAUUGAAAAGUGCGACCGAUCAGAAAAAGCAUAGCAAACGUGACGACAUCCUUCGCCGGUACUUCGAGUCCUUCGAACAGUUCCGUCGGGAGUUUCGAUCGAAAACUGGAAACAAUGCGUUGGUAAUCCUCUAUCCGUUGCCAUUCCAGCGCUCCAGCAUAUUCCCGAUCCUACGGUUUCUGCUGCCGGCGGCAGACCGAGAGCGUGACUCAUACGGGUUGCGCUUCAAAUCGCUGCAAGAUCUGUACAUCAAGCUGCUUGGCAUCAGCGAGACCAGCAUUGAGGCCCGCCGGCUGGCCGGGUACGAUGAAACCGGAACUGGCAGCGGAGGGGGCGAUUUUGCCGAUCGCAUCUUUACGCUGAUGCGUGGCCGAUGUCCACAGGAGUGUCAGCUGACGGUUUGGGAUGUCAACCAGCGGCUUGACGCCAUAGGAGAACACUACCAAAAUAGCGGUCGGCGCGGUAAGAUACAGGACGAACUGAUACGGUUAGUCGAGGGUCUGACUCAGCUGGAUCAAAAGUGGCUCAUACGAAUAAUACUGAAAAAUCUUCGGCUCGGUUUGAGGCAGCAAAAGAUACUUGCCCUGUACCAUCCGAAGGCGGGAAUGCUGUUCGAUCGUUACAGUAAUCUAUCGCAGGUUUGCGACAUGGUGGAAAAUGGGACGGGCUUAGAGGAGUUAAACGAAACCAAUACAGCUGUGAAGUUGUUCCAGCCGGUGAAACCGAUGCUUUGCCAGCGAAUCGAUCUGAAACUGGUUGACGGAUUGCUAAAAAAGGAAGAGUUUUGGCUAGAAACGAAGAUGGAUGGCGAGCGCUUUCAGCUUCACAAGGAGGGACCCAUUUUUAAAUACUUUUCUCGGAAUACUUACGAGUACAGUAAUGUUUUUGGGAGUAAUUCGAACCACCCUGGAGCUACGUUAACUCCCUUUUUGACAGCUCUUUUAUCGUCUACAGUGCAUAGCGUAAUUUUAGACGGUGAAAUGAUGGUAUUUGAUAAGACCGAGCUGACCUAUCGGGACAAAAGCGAGAAUACCGAUGUUAAGGGUAUCAAAGCGGAUAAUCCUAUUCUGCGACCGUGUUUCUGCGUUUACGAUAUAUUGUUUCUGAACGGUAGAAGUUUACUGACGGUGCCUUACGCAGAGAGAAUUCGUCUGCUUGGAACAGUGGUAAAGGAAAAGGUUGGUAUUCUUACGUUCUGUAAGCGUAUCAAAGUGAACAGCAGUGAACAUCUGGUUGAGCUACUGAAUCAAGCGAUUGACGCUCGACAGGAAGGAGUUGUAAUCAAAAAGCAGGACUCGGUAUAUAGUCCCAACGAGCGCAACGCUGGCUGGUACAAGAUAAAACCAGAUUACAUCGAUAACUUGGUUACCGAUUUUGAUCUGCUGAUCAUCGGAGGAUAUUAUAAUUUUAGAAAGACGUUAGUUAACACCUUUCUGGUCGGAGUUCUAGAGAAGCGACCGUCGUCUGAGGAUGAGCAGCCUGUAUUCUUGGCCGUAACCAAAGUCUCUAUGGGCCUAACAAAUGACCAGUUGGCACAGUUGAACAAAUCAUUCCAGCCACAUUGGCGCGACGUACAGUCCAGAAAAGAAGGACGAUCCACAGUUUACGAGGAACCGCCUGAGCUUCGAUGGGGUGAAACUCCUCCAAGUGUAUGGCUUCCACCGAAACAUUCAACAGUUCUUCAGUUGAAAGGUUCCGAAUUGGUCCGAAGCAGUUCCUAUGGCACUGCCUAUACAAUACGCUUUCCUCGUGUGAUGGCAGUACGAGACGAUAAAGGAUACCUUGAUGUCUGCACCAAGGAAGAGUUUGAUCAAUUGUGCUCCUCCAGCACCACGGUAGCAAAACUAGCAAAACGAUACGUAACAGCGUCAGAUUUGAUUUCGGAUACCUCUCCAUCAAGACCCGCCAAUCGAAAACGCAAACGUCCUUCGCCUCUUUCACUUCGUCGUUCAGCUAAACUGCCGCUAGAACAACGCGAAGAUGAACAACCAAUCGACCGCAUUUGCGACGGUUUGGAUUUCUGUGUUGCAAGUUCGUCGAAAGGUUUGCCUCCAGUAAGCGAGCUUGAAACCAUGAUUCGUCGUCACGGAGGACGAGUAGUCAAGAACGCAGGUCCUAAGACGUAUGCCGUGGUCGCUGGUGAUCGCACCUUUUUAGUAGAUAAAAUCAUCGAAAGCGGCAAGCAAAACGUAGUCUCCGUUGGAUGGCUUCUGCGGGCGUUGGGCGGCAGCGAACCUAGGAACGAACCACUGUUGGAGUUUAAACCGAACGACAUGUUAGCUAUUACGCCUGCGCUCCGGGAGCGGAUGGCGGACCAGUUCGAUCGGUUUGGCGAUUCGCUGACGGAAAAGAUAUCCGGCCUUGACGAAAUGCGCGAUCUGCUGAAACAAAUUUCCGUCAAUGAUGUGCAGUUAUCAAUGACGGAGGUUCGACAAGGACAGACAGAGAUUCUUGGGAAAAAGUCGAGUCUCAGGUUGUUCCGCGGAAUCGCGGGGCGUCUUUACGAGCAAAACUUGUGUGAUGAUACCGAUCGAUACAAGGCACAGUUCAGAAUGCUAAAAUUCAUUCGUGCCGGUGGCCGUUGGGUAGCACCAUCUUCCGAUGACUGUGUGUCUCAUGUUUUUGUGUGUGAAAAUGAAGCAUUAGAUAAGAGCCAUUUGAAGCAAUGGUUGGACAGUUUAGCAAAACAAAGCUUAGAACCUAGUAUUUUAAAAAUUGACUGGAUAGAAAGCAGCCUAAAACAAAAAGCAAUUACAGAUGAACGAUCGUACAGAGUAUUUUAGUUUUACAAAACAUAUUUAAAAUGUAUUUUGAAGGUAAAUAAAAUUA